UACGUCACGGCCAGUUGUCGAGGGGCGUUCGUUGUUCAUACUCUAAUAAACCAUGUUGCUAUACGGACUGUUUGUUUGUCUUUGUGCUCUGAGUGUCGAAUCAGUGGUGCUGAAUACCAGUUGUCCUGUCGUCAGUCCGAGGGAGCUCGAUUGGAAAGCACUUGAUGGAAAAUGGUACAUUGCAGCAGCGGCAACAGAUCUACCGAUAGAUGGCGCGGACUGCGCCACUCUCAUGUUCAACCAUAUGAACUCGACUGAUGUCUCUAUCAGUUGGGUAACAAACAAUACGGCUUCUUACUACAAUGGCUCCGUGGCCAUCACUGUUGACCCGAACAGUAAUGGGACGACUGGUGAUCUAUUGUUGAUCACUUAUACAGAUCAAAAAGCCGAGAGUUAUUCUUUCCUGGACGUGGACUAUGAACAUUACGCUGUUCUGUUUACGUGCUACGACAGCGAGGAUGGUAACAGCAGUACAUAUGAAAUCUGGAAGUUGAUAAGAUCACCUCACCUGAAAGAGAGCGAUGCAAUAAAACUAGAUCAGGCGAUAGCCAAUUACAGCCUUCAAGAUACAACAUUCAUUAACUUCAAUAAUACCGAAGACGCAUGCAGCCUGACCAGUGGUUCUCAACAUUUGGAUCCAUCCACUUUGAUAUUAACUUCGGCUGUGGCUUAUACGCUGUUCAAUAAAUUGUAUUAGUAUUGUAUUAGGAAAGUGGUUUGCAAAAAAAGACUUUUGGAAUAAUAAUACUUUAUGUCUAGCUACGCCAGUUCACACACGGUUCCUGCCUUUCGCUUCGGUGUGUAAAGCGUCUUAAGGACCGAGCAAAUAAUGUCCCACAUACUGGCUGGGUUCUUUUUUCAAAUUACGUUCCUUUUUUAAAAAAAUAUUUUUCAGAUAUUUUCUCUGCAGAUAAAAUUCCCUUUUUGUAAGCCGUGUUCUUUCAUACAAUAAUCACAAACAAAAUAAUAUGCAAUUUGAGGUUUUUAUCACAACUGCACCAAAAUAUUAGCCGAUAAAAUGUCUGAGAUUGAGUCAAAAGCUUAUAUAGACAAGACGAGACUAAAUAUUGGCAUGUAACAAACUUAUCAUUUAAAUUUCUGGCGUUACAAUUAACAAAGGGGAAUAAAUCUAAAAUUUGAUCACACGGAAAUCUAACUAUUAUAAAAUUGGUUAACUAAGUGAUAAGGUUAAAUGUACAAGUUAAUUUAUUGUAGGACAUUGUAAUAAAUAUCUCUGUAGUUAAUGUAUUGUAGUUAAUAA